CACAGCGACAAUGCCGCUCACGAAUCCCUUCCUGUUUUUCGUUCAGGCCGUGCUCUUCAUCUGCCCGACACCCCCAGCCAUCGAGACAUGCUUCGGCCUUUCUGCGGCUGAGACGACGGAAUACUGUAUCUUCAGGCCUACCAGUCCACAGAGAUGCGAUAUCAGUGACAUGCUCCCGGACAUGCGCACAUGGGCACCGUUACUUGCCGGAUUUUCCUCGCCGUCAUCGGUUACGUCAGAGUUUUGGCAGCAUAAAGGUCCAACCACUUCGCGGAUUCCGGCCAGUGGGCGCGGCAGGGGCACAGCGACAAUGCCGCUCACGAAUCCCUUCCUGUUUUUCGUUCAGGCCGUGCUCUUCAUCUGCCCGACACCCCCAGCCAUCGAGACAAGCUUCGGCCUUUCUGCGGCUGAGACGACGGAAUACUGUAUCUUCAGGCCUACCAGUCCACAGAGAUGCGAUAUCAGUGACGUGCUCCCGGACAUGCGCACAUGGGCACCGUUACUUGCCGGAUUUUCCUCGCCGUCAUCGGUUACGUCAGAGUUUUGGCAGCAUAAAGGUCCGGCCACUUCGCGGAUUCCGGCCAGUGGGCGCGGCAGGGGCACAGCGACAAUGCCGCUCACGAAUCCCUUCCUGUUUUUCGUUCAGGUGAGAGACUAUCGCCUAACGUAUACCUAUCGCAGUGACAAUGUUUGCCUCUUGCUUCUGCCGUGCCCACGGUCUUUGAGUGAUAUGCUUACUGCGAUUUACCAUUGCUUUGUGAAUCUACUGCCUACCUGUGGUGACGUAGAGACUAACCCGGGACCGUCUACUGCAGAGAUGCUUCAGACCCUAAUUGAUGAUGUUCGUGAACUUAAACACACUGUGCAAGCUACUAACAGCAAGGUUAACGAAACAAGUAUUAAGCUGUUUUCAAUUGACAAGAAGCUUGACGAUAUUUCUGCUACGGUGACUAAUUACACGAGCAAGGUUGACGAGCUUCAGUCAGAAGUCGAAAAACUGGCUUUGAAAGUAGACGACUUGGAGAAUAGGAGUAGAAGGGAGAACUUGAUUGUAUAUGGCAUAAAAGAAUCGACCGAAGAAAAUUGGCAAUCCCUCGAACAAGUCGUGACUAAAAACAUUCUGACUGACACUCUAAAGGUUCCAAACGUGGCUAUCGAGCGUAUUCACAGGAUUGGCCGCCCAGCCGAGGGCAGAUGCCGACCCGUCAUAUUCAAACUUGUGGAUGGCAGAGAUAAGGCCAAUAUUUUGAAGAAUUGUAACAAACUGAGAGGCACAGCCUAUAGCAUAUCGGAAGAUUUCUCCCCGCGCGUACAAUCAAUCCGAAAGAAGCUCUGGGCUGCUGCUGCUGAACACAGGAAGAAAGGUGCCAAGGUCGUGCUGUCAUUCGACAAAAUCAAAAUUAAUGGUAAACUGUUCCAAUGGGACGACACUCAAGAUAAAAUAGUCCCGCUAGCUUCACAUUGACGGCCUAACUUCGGAAACAAGAGUCCGCUUAAGAGCCGCAAUUUAUGUCACAGAGACACAGUUCAAAGCGAGUUCUCUGUUCUGAACAUUAAUGCCCGUAGCAUCCGGAAUAAAACAGAAGACUUCGAAGGUCUUCUUUUAACGUAUGAGCCUGAUGUUGCAGUGCUC